UCGUUGCUAUAAGACUACCUAUUUUAUUUACUUUUUUCUCGACAGACAAAAAGAACGCCUUCAUUCUAUACGCGCGUGCGAUUGGUUAUGAGCGGUAGUCACGUGAUUAGAUACUGCUGCGGAGUCUGAGCUAUCAAAGUUGGUGAUUUGUUGUGGAAUAUACUAAAGAUACGGACACAUACUUUCUUAAUGGUACCUCAUCGAUAAAAAACCAUGAACGUGUCGCCAUCUGUAUGAAUGUCUGAAAUUGCUGGCAGGGAAACAAGUUCAAGAACUGCUUUUCUUCUUUCAUCAUAGAUGUCGUCUGCUAUUCGUCGGCGUCGGACUUCCAGUCUUGUCUCACCGACUGACCUAUCAGCACCAGACGGCAUACCCGAAUCUUGUUUGUUGAUAGAAAGGCAAAUAUCAUCAGAGGGAGCAAAGCGUGAAAAAUAUCGAUAUCAAAGCGAUAUAUCGGUCGAUUCUUUUAGUUUGACAGACGAUGAUAUCGAAAAUUGUGAAAAUAGAGAUGAGCAUGACGACAAUGUGUUUCUUGACUCUGAAUAUAGUCAAUCUAAUUAUAUUUGUUUAGAUAGAAUACCCAAUCAAGUGUUUCCAUCAACACGUGCUACGGUGACGUCAGUAUCGUCUGAUGUACAGAAUGAUCUGCCUCUGGAUCUGCGAAAUAAGCUUUGCAGACGAAUUUCUGACAUGACCCAGGAAACUGGUACACAUCGUAGAGUCUGCAACAGAAGAAAUUACACAAAUACUAGAGAAAGAUGGCGUCAACAGAACGUCAAUACCGCGUUCACUGAUCUCAGACGUCUGCUACCAACACAUCCACCUGAUAAAAAACUAAGUAAAAGUGAAAUUUUACGUUUUGCCAUUAGGUACAUCAGACUUCUUUCAAAUGUCGUAGAGUUUCAAGAAAAUGACAAGAAAAAUUGUGAGUCAGAUAAAAAUCAAAAUGAAGAAGGUCCGUGUUUUAGAAAUCGAGGACAUGACAUAAUGAGAAUGGAAAACGUGCGGAUAAGGUCUAAUAUGUCGUCUGAUUUAAGCUCCUCCCCUGAAGGUUACGGGGAAAGCAUUGGAGAAGACGACUAAAUAAACUUGCCCUUUGCUUUCAUCAAAUCAUAUAUCUACAUAUUUACGCUUCCGUUGAAACAUGUACACAAUUAAAAAAAAAACGUUCAGCGGCGGAGUAUUAGUAUGUAUAUUAUACACUGCUAUACAUGCAAACUUUAAGCUUUUUUACAAAAUAUUAUCCAGUCUUUAUCAUAUUAUUUUAUGAAUUGUGCACAUUGUUGAUACUUUGAUGAAACAAUACAAUAAUCCAAUGUUUUUUGUCAACUUCUUACGUACUUGUUUUCAUUGUAUGAUGGAGAAAUCACGGUCCUUUUACAUACAAGCAAUAUGAAAUAGAUAAUGAUGUUGUUGGAAUUAUUUAUAUUUGUUCAUGGACUUUUACAGAAGCGUGUAUCAGUAGAAUCAGCUUCAGAAUAUAUCAGUAAUUCAACAAAAUAAACAUUUCUACAACAGUAACUGAAAAAUAUUGAGAAAUAUAUCAACUUUGAAAAAAAUAUGUUUGCGCCGUGCAACCUGGGGUUUAUCAUACUACGUAUAUGUCACAGCUGCAAACUUGUACAUGUAUAUAAAACAAUUCAAUGUUUUUAUAAAAGUAGCUGAACUAGAUUAACAAUUUAUCAAUAAAUAUCUGAAAUAGUUUCUUUUAAGAAAUAUAUAUUGUAUUUACAUGUAUUUUAAGAUACCUUGCCUUGACAUAUAGAUGUUGUAUUGUUGCCUAACUUUAUACAUAUAACAGAAAUAAAUCUCCAUCUGAUCCUUA